AUGACAGACGAGCUGCUCAGCCUCGGCGCGCUAUCAGCCAGUGUGGAGGAGUACAGGACGCUCGAUGCUCCAGAGCAGGAGAUUUUCGGGGACAGCAGCAAGGUGUGGGAGCGGUGCACAGUGCAGACGCUAUUUUCUGCAUCCACAGAUGUGGGCGCAAUACUGGCGCUGUGGCAUGCGCAGUCAGGCAGCGCAGCUCCGUUGAAGUAUGAGGCAGGUGGCUCCUCUGCUCACGUGGAGGAGGUGCCUGAUCAGGAGUGGAUGGACAGCGUGAGGGCCAGCUACCAGCCAGCCUGCAUCGAGGAGGGCCUCUGGAUUGUACCUAGCUGGUGUGAACCCCCGGAGCCCACCGCCACCAAUAUCAUCCUGGAGCCUGGCCUGGCCUUCGGCACCGGAGAGCACCCCACCACUCGCCUAUGCCUGAAAGCCCUCGCGCGUCUGCCGCUUGCUGGGAAAAGAGUUAUCGACUACGGCACAGGCUCGGGAGUCCUGGCCAUAGCUGCGCUGAAGAUGGGCGCGUCAGAGGCGCUGGGUACGGACACAGACGCGCUGGCAGUGCAUUCUGCGAAAUUUAACGCGGGCCUUAACGGAGUGGCGGCCAGUUUCCGGACGGAGCAGUGUGGCGCCUCUCCCGACAGCCCCGAGCCGCUGGCCGCGGCGGGUCUUGCCGAUGUGGAAGCAUCCUUCGACGUGUGCGUAGCCAACAUUUUGCAGGGACCUCUGCUGGAGUUGGGUCCCAGGCUGGCGAGCUAUCUGAAGCCCAAUGGCGUGAUCCUUCUGUCCGGCAUACUGGUAGAGCAGUGGGCGGCAGUGAAGGAUGUCUAUGAGCCGUUCUUUGCCGAGUUCGAGGUGGCGUCCGAGGGCAAGUGGGCCCUGGUGACAGGCGUGCGCAGUGACUCAUGA